AUGGUACUGGAGCAGUCCAACAAGAGGCACCCGCGCUCUCACUUCUCCCUUCUACACGCUGUGAUCCGCCGUGGGCACACCUCUGCUUCAUCGCCCAGUCCUCGUCGGAAAAUCAUACAGUCUCGUCCCAAUCAACCACCUUCCGGCUCCUCGUCGCUCGCUACGCAUGCUCAAGGCGUCACCGCCUCCCACGGCACGGCAGGUCACUGA